AUGAAAAUGUAAUAAAUGGGAAGAGAGAGAGAGGACACAAGAACGAGAGAAAAGAAGAAAAACUUUCCCUUUUACCAAACAGACAAAAGAGCUUGGAGAGAGAGAGAGAAGAGAAAAGUGUGUGAAUUUGGAAAAUUUUCCCACUCUCUGGAUAUCUUCACUUCGAUCUCUGACUCAUGAUUCUCGGAAUUUUUCGCCUCAGCUAUUGAAUCUCUCUAUUUGAGGUUCUUCCUUACCUUGCCCGUUGAAGCUCAAGCUCGAUCUUUCUCACCCCCUUGUUCGUAUCUUCACCUCUCGCCGGUUAUCGGUUUUACAUUUGAUGUCUUUCGGACCAAAGUCUUAGACUUUGCAGUUUCUCUUCGAGUAUUCUGGGUCUGGGUUUUGUUUUUCUUGGAGCUAGUAAGCUAUUCAACACAGUUCCAGAUUAGGGUUUUAGGGAAGUUCUGGUCUUGUUGCUCCGCAUUAAUUUCUCCGCUGAAUUUUUGUAAAGAAAUCAAUCUGGGAGUCAUCAUUCUCCCCAAUUCUUGGGCUGUCCUGUUUGCUAAUGUGUUUCCCAAGUACUGGGAAAGAGAGAGCUCUUUAACGAGUAUUCUCUUGCUCUGGUGAUUGUGGAGAUCUGGGAUUUGUUUCAUCUCUUUUGCCAAAUGAGGACUUUGUUUCCGUCUGAUUCUUGUAAAGAAUCACAGCUCAAUGCCUUCAAUCCACAGUCAUGGCUGCAAGUUGAAAGAGGGAAGCUUUCGAAAUUAUCUUCCUCCCCUUCCUCCUCUGUAGACUCAUUUAUCAAGGUUCCCGAUCCGCCAGUGCUGCCGUACUAUAAACCACUUGACUAUGUAGAAGUUCUAGCUCAACUUCACGAAGAACUCGAGACGUGUCCUCCACAAGAGAGGUCGAGUCUCUAUCUAUUGCAGUAUCAGGUGUUUACAGGCUUACGGGAAACCAAACUUCGACGUAGAAGUCUUCAAUCGGCUUGGCAGAAUGCUACUACUGUUCAUGAGAAAAUCGUGUUCGGGUCCUGGUUAAGGUAUGAGAAUAAAGGGGAAGAAGUUAUUGCCGAUUUGCUUUCCUCUUGCGGUAAAUACGCUGAAGAAUUCGGACCCUUUGACAUUGCUUCUCGUGUUCCUGUUACUGCGAAUGCUGUGGCCCCUGAGACAGCAUCGACGAGAAGGAAGCACCAAGUGUCCGAGAAGGUGGUUUUUAAGAUUGGAGAUGAGAAAAUAGCCUGUGACAGGCAGAAAAUCUCGGGUCUUUCUGCUCCAUUUCAUACCAUGCUUAAUGGGGAUUUCACGGAGUCACUCCUAGACGAGAUAGAUAUGUCGGAGAAUGAUGUAUCGCCAUCUGCUAUGAAGGUUGUCGGAGAUUUCAGCGUCGAGGGUGUUCUAACCGAAGUUUCCAAGGACCUUCUAUUGGAAGUAUUAGUUUUUGCAAACAAGUUCUGCUGUGAGCAACUCAAAGAUGCAUGUGAUAGAAAACUGGCAUCUCUAGUUUCCUCGAUCGAAGAUGCUGUCGAGAUUAUGGAAUACGCCCUUGAAGAGAGCACUCCAAUCCUUGCCGCCUCGUGUUUGCAGGUUUUUCUGUACAAGAUGCCCGAUAGUUUGAACGAUGAACGUGUUGUUGAGAUUUUGGCCCGUGUUAAUAAAUCGCAGGUGCUGACCAUGGCAGGACAAGCCUCGUUUUCCUUGUACUCGUUCUUAAGCGAAGUGGCAAUGCAUCUAGACCCUCGGUCCGAUAAAAGACUGGCUUUCUUCGAAAAAUUGGUUGACUUUGCGGAAAAUGACCAGCAGAGAAUACUCGGGUUUCAUCAGUUGGGAUGUCUGAGGCUUUCAAGGAAAGAGUACAACGAAGCCGAAAAACUCUUUGAUGCCGCCUUUAAUCUAGGCCAUGUGUAUUCCGUCGUCGGGUUGGCAAGAAUAGGUUACGUCCAAGGCCAUCGGCUCUGGGCUUACGAGAAGCUAAGCUCGGUUAUCUCCUCUUGUACCCGUACCCCUCUCGGCCGCGUGAACAGCCAUGAACCUUGAAAAACUCAGUUCGGAAAUCCAAGAGACCGAUUUAUAAGAGCGACCGAGCUGGACCCGACAUUGACAUACCCUUACAUGUAUCGAGCUGUCGCGCUAAUGUCAAGACAAGAUGCUAAGGCAGCAGUCGAGGAAAUCGACCGAGUCCUUGGGUUUAAACUUGCUUUGGAAUGCUUGGAAGUCAGGUUCUGUCUGUAUCUGGCAAUGGAGGAUUACGAGUCAGCUCUUCGAGAUAUCCAGGCGAUUCUUACUCUGGCCCCGGAUUAUAGGAUGUUUGAAGGGAAAGUAGCGGCCAGACAGUUGCGGAUACUCGUUCGGGAGCACGUCGAGAUUUGGACAACUGCUGACUGUUGGAUGCAGUUGUACGAGAAAUGGUCGAAUGUUGAUGAUAUCGGCUCGCUUUCUGUCAUAUACCAGAUGCUGGAAUCUGAUGCAGCUAAAGGCGUUCUUUACUUCAGACAGUCUUUGCUCCUCCUGAGGUUGAACUGUCCUCGAGCAGCCAUGCGUAGCUUGCAGUUAGCACGUGAGCAUGCGUCGAGUAAGCACGAGCGUCUGGUUUACGAGGGAUGGAUAUUAUACGACACGGGUCACUGCGAGGAAGGGCUUCGGAAAGCAAAGGAAUCUAUUGAGAUAAAAAGAUCGUUCGAGGCUUUUUUCCUCGAAGCAUAUGCAUUAGCCGAAUCCAGUCUCGACCCGUCGUGUUCUGCAACUGUCGUUUCGCUUCUCGAAGAGGCCUUGAAAUGCCCUUCGGACAGGCUCCGGAAAGGCCAGGCUUUGAACAACCUCGGGAGCGUGUACGUCGACUGCGGAAAGCUAGACUUAGCAGCAGAUUGCUAUAUCAACGCCCUUAAGAUAAGGCACACCCGUGCACACCAGGGCCUUGCCCGUGUUCAUUACCUCCGGAAUGAUAAAUCCGCCGCGUACGACGAGAUGACCCGACUUAUCGGGAAAGCCCGGAACAAUGCAUCUGCUUAUGAGAAGCGGUCGGAAUACUGCGACCGGGAACUCGCUAAAUCAGAUCUCGAAACUGUCACCCGGCUGGACCCCCUCAGAGUCUAUCCUUACCGAUACCGAGCAGCAGUGUUGAUGGACAGUCACAAGGAGAAGGAAGCGAUAGAGGAGCUGUCGAGGGCGAUAGCAUUCAAAGCCGACCUUCAUCUUCUCCAUCUACGGGCAGCGUUCCAUGAACAUGUCGGAGAUGUGGCCGGAGCAUUAAGGGACUGCCGAGCCGCCCUGUCCGUAGAUCCUAGCCAUCAAGAAAUGCUCGAGCUCCACAGCCGCGUGAACAGCCAUGAACCUUGAAAAACUCAGUUCGGAAGUUUCUUAACGGAAACUCUUGUCGGAAUCAUGCCGUGUAAUUUCUCCGGCUGUAAUUCUUUGUUGUUAUUAUCUAUCUGUUCAUCUUUCUCUCUCUCUUUCGAAUCCCAUCUCUCCGAAUCCAUUCGACCGCAUUUUCGUCACACAUUUCCGUUUAUAAAUUCAAGAUCCAAGAGACCGA